AUGCCAGGUCCUCAGGUACACCAGGGCAUGGUUCACCGGAUAGAGGUGGAGAACUUUAAGUCAUACAAGGGUCGGCAGGUCAUCGGCCCGUUCAUGAAUUUCACAGCCGUGGUUGGCCCGAAUGGCGCGGGGAAAUCGAAUCUCAUGGACGCCAUAAGCUUCGUGCUGGGCGUGCGGUCGGCGCAUCUACGCGGCUCGCAGCUCAAGGAUUUAAUCUACGCCUUGGACGACGACGAUCGCGAUGACCCGAACCGCGGCGCGCACGUGAUGCUGGUGUAUAUAAAGUCGUCGCAGCCCGCGUCGACGUAUUCGGGGAUGGAGGAGCUGCAGUUCACUCGCGCUAUAACGAGUUCCGGCAGCAGCCAGUAUCGGAUCAACGGCUCGGUGGUUUCGUGGGACGGCUACAACUCGCGGCUCAAGGACAUCGGCAUCCUCGUUAAAGCACGAAAUUUCCUCGUCUUUCAGGGUGACGUGGAGUCGAUCGCGUCCAAGAGCCCCAAGGAGCUGACGGGGCUGUUCGAGCAGAUCGCGGGGUCGGACGAGCUGCGCAAGGAGUACGAGGCGCGCGAGGCGGACAAGAGCCGCGCGGAGGAGCGCACCAUGUUCGCGUACCAGAAGAAGAAGAACAUGAGCUCGGAGAAGAAGCACAAGAAGGAGCAGAAAGAGGAGGCCGAGCGCCACCUCAAGCUGCAGCAGGAUCUGAAAGACAAGCGCGCCGAGUUCUACCUGUGGCAGCUGUACUGCAUCGAGAAGGAGAUGAACGCAGCUCGCAGCGCGCUGGCGUCGUCGCGUGAGGAGCUGCAGCGCGUGCAGGAGGAGCAGGGCGACGUGGAGAAGCGGCAGCGGGAGAAGAUGCGCGAGCGCGCAGUGCAUAGUAAGGACGUGCUGACUGCCGAGAAGAAGGUGGCGCGCAAGGCUGCAGAAAUUGACAAGAAGCGACCCGAAAUGGUGAAGGUGAAGGAGGAGAUGCGGCGCGCGGAGCAGCGGCUGAAGGAGGACGUGGAGAAGCUGGAGAAGCUGCAGGCGCUGCAGGCGCGGCAGCAGGAGGAGGUGGCGCGGCUGGAGCGCAGCCUGGAGGACGUGCAGGGCGAGCUGGCGGACAUGGAGGGCAUGAGCCAGGCGGGCGGCCAGCAGCAGCUGCACCUCGCGCAGAGCCAGCUGGAGGAGUACCACAAGAGGAAGGAGGAGGCGGGGUCGAAGACGUUCAGGCUGCGGCAGGAGAAGGAGGCGCUGGACCGGCAGCAGCAGGCGGACGUGGAGGCGCAAAGGAGCAUGGAGGCGAGUGUGGCGCAGAUGGCGGGCAGGGAGGAGCAGCUGGGCGGGCACCUGGAGCAGGCACGGGCGCGCGUGGAGCGCGUGGGGAAGGACCUGGCGGAGGGGAGAGAGGCUCUUGAACGGCUGAAGAAGGAGGAGACUGAGAUGCGCGAUCGCCACCGCCGCGCUCGGCACCGAGCAGAGGCGCUGGAGCAGCGGUUGGAGGAGGCAGAGGCGCAGCUGCGGGAGCUGAAGGCAGACCGGCGGGAGAACGAGCGCGAGACGAGGAUGGCAGAGACUGUGGCGACCAUGAAGCGCCUGUUCCCGGGCGUGCAUGGGCGGCUGUCGGAUCUCUGCAAGCCCACACAGCGGCGGUUCAACAUGGCGGUUACUGUGGUGAUGGGGAAGCUGUUUGAUGCCGUGGCUGUGGAUGAUGAGCGCACGGCCAAGGAAUGCAUUGAGUACCUGCGAGCACAGCGCCUCCCGCCCAUGACCUUCAUUCCGUUGCAGACGGCGCGAGUGAAGGCAGUGAACGAGCGCCUGCGGUCGCUGGGAGGCACCUGCAAGCUUGUGCUGGACGUCAUUCAAUAUCCUACUCACCACAAUCUCUCCACUCUAUUUCCCUUCCUCACGUACGACCCAUCAGUGGAGGUGGCGAUGGUGUAUGCGGUGGGCAGCACACUCGUGUGUGAUACUCUGGAUGAGGCUCGCUCUGUUGCGUGGGGCGCCGAGAGGCACAAAGUGGUGGCACUGGACGGCACGUUGCUGGCCAAGAACGGGUGCAUGACAGGGGGCACCAGUGGAGGCAUGGAGACACGCUCGCAGCGCUGGGACGAGCAGGAGGUCGAAAAGCUCAAGGCAGCGCGGGACAAGGUGGCAAAGGAGCUGUCAGAGGUGCUAUCAGUGCGGGAGGCGCAGAGCAAGGAGCAGGAGAUUGCUGCGCGGAUUGCAGGGCUAGAGAGGAAGACACAGUACGCAGAGAUGGAACUGAAAAUGUCAGAGGAGAAGGUGGGCAAGGCGGAGCAGGAGCUGGCAGUCAUGGCGGCAGAGAAGGACAGAAUCGCCCCAGAAGUCACACGGCUGACAGCAGCGGUGGGGGCACGGCAGGAGCAAGUCGGGGCGAAGGAGCAGAGGAUAAACGAGAUCACGGACCGGGUGUUCCGCGAGUUCAGCCGUGCAGUGGGCGUGGCAAACAUACGAGAGUACGAGGAGAACCAGCUGCAGCAGGCGCAGCAGCUUGCUGAGCGCAGGCUCGCCCUUGCCAACCAGAUUGCCAAGCUCUCCAACCAGUUGGAGUACGAGCGGCGGCGGGACAGCAAGGGGCCAGUGGAGGCGCUACAGGCGAGCAUGGAGCAGCAGAGGCAGCACCUGGAGGAGCUCACGCACACGGGGCGCAGGCUGCAGGCCGCUCUGGAAAAGGCCAGAGACGAGCUGCAGGCACUCAAGGUGCCCGUGGAAGAGGCGAAGGCGCAGGCAGAGGCAGUGGAGGCAGAGGUGCAGGCACUGAGCAAGGCUGCCAGUGCACUCACGGCGAAGCUGGGCAAGGCCAAGCGCAGCAUCACAGCCAAGGAGGCGAUGGUGGUGCAGCUGCAUGCGCGGAGGGGAGAGGUUCUAGAGCGGUGUGAGAUGGAGCAGGUGCCAGUGCGCACAGCAGCGGGUGCGCUCGUGCCCACAGUGCCGCUCACUGACACACAAGCAACAGGAGCAGCAGGGGGGUCCAGCCAGGCAGGCAGCAGCAGCGCUGUGGGCAGCGGGGGGGGCGCGGCAGCGGAUUUCUCGGCAGGGGUGGACGAGCCUUUGGAUUUCUCGACUCUGCCUUCGGGCCUGAAGAAGGCGAUGAAGGAGGAGGAGAGGGAGCGCAAGGAGGCGGAGCUGCGCAAGGAGAUGGAGGAGGUGGCGGGGGAGCUGGAGCGCACAGCACCCAACCUCAAGGCGCUGGAGCAGUUUGAGGCCCUGCGCGCCAAGGAGAGGGAGAUGAGCGAGGAGUUUGAGAGCAUUCGGCGCGAGGCCAAGGAGGCGGUGAAUGCGUUCAACCACGUGCACCAGCAGCGCUAUGAGCGGUUCAUGGCAGCGUUCGCGCACGUGUCAACGUGCAUCAACCGCAUAUACAAGGACCUCACGAGCAGCUCCUCGCACCCGCUGGGAGGCACGGCAUACCUGAGUCUGGAGAACGAGGACGAGCCCUUCCUGCACGGCAUCAAGUACACCGCCAUGCCUCCCAGCAAGCGCUUCCGAGACAUGGAGCAGCUGUCCGGAGGGGAGAAGACCGUCGCUGCGCUCGCACUGCUCUUUGCCAUCCACAGCUACCGCCCGUCGCCCCUCUUUGUGUUGGACGAGGUGGAUGCAGCUCUAGACAACCUCAACGUGGCCAAAGUCGCGGCUUACAUCCGCGCCAAGUCCCGCCACACCGCUCACGCCUCCGACCAGCAGGCCCCGGAGGGCCGCGCUGCUGCUGAUGCCUCGCAGCAGCUGGCAGACGGGGCGGGCGGAGCGGGGGGUGAGGCGGGGUUUCAGAGCAUUGUCAUAUCGCUCAAGGACCAGUUCUACAGCUGGGCUGAUGGACUCAUUGGGGUCGUGCGCGAUUCCGAGGACAGGUGUGGGCCACCAGGGGAGAGGGAUGGUAGAAGGGGGAGUGAGUGA